UCUGGCUAUCGCUUGAAAUUAUAACGUAUCCGUAUCCUACCCCUCAAAUCAAAUUUCCUUCCAACUUAGAAUUUGCAACCCUGUUACCUCUGCGGCUCAGCUGUUUUUACAUGCAUUCGACAUCAAGCAGUCACAAUAAAAUAAACCGGUGCAACAACGUCUAUAAAAAUCAGGGCAGCGCGCAUAAAAAUGAGUUUAUUAACGCGUCGCUGCUCCAACAUUUUAUCGACAAAGUUAUUGGUGCAACAACAACGCUACUACCACCCCAUUAAUAAACUGCUCAACGCCUAUAGAAGUCCACUGAACAAUUCGUCGACAUUCCAUCAGCGGCAUUGGAGCAAAGGCAGUAAUAGCAGCCAGUUAAGGUUUUACCACGCAACAAAAAGGCAGCAAAUACAGCAAAAACAAAAAACCGUGCGUAUAAAUCGUUUGCUAGAGUUUAGAACGCCAACAGCUUUUAUAAUGGGCUCAGCAAAUUGUAAAGAAAAUUCAUCAAAAAUCUCAAUCAAAAAUGAGAAGGCAGCAGCAGCGAAGGGCCAGAAUGGUUCAUAUCAAUCUACCAGCGACAUGUCGGAAUAUACCAACGCCGUCGAGGUAUGCCACAUCGACGAUCUGCAGGAGAAUGAAAUGAAGCAAUUUAACUUCGAUGCGAACACACCGGUAUUGGUGGUGAAGCAAGACGGUCAGAUAUCAGCCAUCGGUAAUAAAUGUACGCAUUACGGCGCCCCCUUGCACACCGGCGCGCUGGGUCAGGGACGCAUACGUUGUCCAUGGCAUGGUGCCGCUUUUUGCACACGUACCGGUAAUAUCGAAGAUUUCCCUGGGCUCGAUUCGCUGCCAUGCUUUAUGGUACGCGUUGAAAAUGACGGUAAGGUGAAGUUACGCGCCAAGCGCGCUGAUUUGGAGAAGAAUAAGCGCUUGAAGAAUAUGGUGAAACGUGAUAAAGCGAAUAAGCUGUGUAUCGUUGUUAUUGGCGGCGGUCCGGCAGGAGCAACCUGUGUAGAAACGUUGCGCCAAGAAGGCUUUACCGGCCGCAUUGUAAUGCUAUGUCGCGAGGAAAUCUUGCCUUAUGAUCGUAUCAAAGUAUCCAAGACACUGGGAAUCGCGGCGGAAACGAUACAAUAUCGAGAUGCCGAUUUCUAUGCCCAAUAUGAUAUUGAGGCAUUGCUUGGCGUGGAAGCGACCAAAGUCGAUACGACUGACAAGAAGGUACAUUGCUCGAAUGGGGAUGAGAUCAAGUAUGAUCAGCUUUUUAUCGCUACUGGCUUGAGAGCUAAGCGCCCGCCAGCCAAGGGAACCGAUUUGAAAAAUGUAUUCACUUUGCGUGAGCUCUCAGAUGGUAAGGCCAUAGUUGACGCCGUAACACCGGAAACAAACCUGGUCUGCGUAGGUGGCAGCUUUAUUGCAAUGGAGGUGGCUGCAGCGUUGGUCUCGAAAGUUAAAUCGGUAACGGUACUAUACUCAGGCGAAUAUCCCUUCCCCUAUUUCGGCGAGGCUGUGGGUGAACUUUUCUACCGUCUAUAUCGUGAGAAAGGCAUCACAAUGAAGAGUCAAAGCAGACUUUCUGAGUUGUACGGCAAUGACGAGGGGGCUGUCACUGAAGUCGGACUUAUCGAUGGCAGCAAGGUGCCAUGUGAUGUUGUUGUCUUGGGUACUGGUUCCAGCUUUAACACAGAUUUCCUCAAAGGUUCAGGCAUCAAAGUUAACGCCGACGGCUCAAUUGACACUGACAUGCAUCUCAUGACAAAUGUAAUCGAUGUUUAUGUAGGCGGUGACAUUGCCAAUGCACCCAUAAUGGCCAAUGCCAAUCAACGCGGUGCUGUUGGUCACAUACAAUUGGCGCAAUAUCACGGUCGUGUGGCCGCGCUCAAUAUUACGGGCACCAUAGAGGAUUUGCGUGCGGUGCCCUUCUUUUUCACAAUGAUUUUCGGCAAGGGUAUACGUUAUGCUGGUCAUGGCAAUUUCUCGGACACGCUGAUCAAGGGUGACUUGAAUGGCUUCAAAUUCGUUGUAUACUAUCUCGAUGCGCACGGAAAUGUGAUAGCCGUUGCAACGAUCGGUCAUGAUCCGGUAGUAUCACAAUAUGCAGAGUUACUGAGUCAGGGAAAGCGUUUGCAUCGCUCCCGAAUAGAGAGUGCAGAGGAUCACUUGGAGUGGACGAAUAUGUUGAAGGAGAAGAAGGCGCGAGUGUCGAAUGAGUGCUGAACGAGCAUUUAAAUUAAUUGUAUAUUUGUAAAUGUGUAACAUUGGUAUUUAUUAGUACAAUUUUGUAAAAUUAUUUGCAAAGAAUUCGCAAACCAAGUAUUGAAACUAAAACUAAUAAUAAUACAUAUUGCUAUUCGAAAGGUAAAA